CAACCUACUACCAGGAAGCAGAGAAGCAAAGAAAAGAGUCGCUCAGUGAACUUCUCUCAACACACGAUGAGCGACUUUGAUCUGUCUCAAGCGUUAAAGAGAUGAGACACGAUGCUUCAACAUGACGAAACCGUCGUCACGGCGACACAGAACUGGUCCACGAGCGUGGGGAGGACGUUUCAGCGUUUCAACAGCGAAGAAGUCGUCACUCUGUGCGACUUCUCCCAGAAGGACGUGGUCCUGGCUGCAGGAGACCUGAAGCUGAAGGCCGUCAUCCUGAAGGGAGGAAGCUGUGAGCGCAGAGUGACCUUCCAACUGGCGAGGUACCUGAACUCCGGCGUCUCCCGUGGCGACGGCCUGGUGGUGGUGCUGUCCGUCACCGGCAGCCGGCACAUCUCCUGCUGCAUGCAGGGGGGGCGGGCGCUGCUGGAGCUGGAGGAAUGCAGCAAACAAAAGCUGCAGAACAUCAGCGACCACGAGGACAUGGACCGCUUCCUGUUCUUCAAGAGGACCGUGGGCUUCUCCCUGAACACCUUCGAGUCCCUGAAGCACCCCGGAUGGUUCAUCAGCACCUCGGACCAGGACCAGGACGAGUCCAUGGAGAUGUGCAGGGUGGACGACGCACGCCGCCUCAUCUCCUUCAAGAUGAUCUAAAAACACACUUUAGUGCAGCUUGAAGGUUUCCAUUAUGAUGCUGAGCUGUUCCCUGCCUCGCCACCAGAUGGCGCCGUUGUCUGUUAAUGAUGGAGCAAGAAUCCAUUAAAAAUGUGUUGUUGUUUUUUUUUACUCACUGAUGUUUUCUCCUUUGAAAGAGAAAGUUGUAACAGGAUAUUCCUCAAAAGUUUUUCGGUUAUUAUUCUGAAUAAAGUUGUAUUUUUAGAACCAGGUUGAAAGUGUACUAUACGUAUAAUUAACACAAAUUUUAUUAUUUUAUUGUUAUUUAUUUUAGGUGUGUUUAUGUAAGUAUUUUGUGUUUCCACGAAGAAUAAGAAUGGCAUGUUAAUCCUUGUUUUUACAAAUUAUAGUUGUAACAAAUUCUCACACCGAUGCAAAUUAUG